AUCUUCCUGCCAAUAUGCACGCCCCACCUUCCCUCCGUUAAAUGCACUAAAAUGCCCAUUGCUUUGUUUUGGUUAAGGUUGAGAAAGAUAAACAAUUCAUUGUCUUUCACAAGCCUUUCAAAAUGAGUCAACUUCUGAGAUCCAUGCGUUCAUCUUUAGGCGGGCGAGAUUUGGCGAUAAAAAAUACGCUUGUGGCCAAGUUGUCAAGUUGUGUCAAAGACCUUCUGGUGGAGCAAGCGGACCCAGACAGCAAUGAUGACAACUCUUCUGAAGCAGUCAGCUCAUUGUGCACUGCUCUGGAAGCCAUAUUCAUUCAUGGCUUGAAAGAAAGUUUUAUUCAGAGAGUCUCGCAAGCAGUGAUGUCUGAUUUAGAUGCCCGACCUGACCCUAACUUUUGGGGUCCUUUACUUGAAGUUUCUCAUAGGGACGUUAUAGAUGAGGUAAUGAAAUUAAGUUUGGUUCAAACGGAUGUUGGACGAUCAAGAGCUUGGUUACGCUUAGCAUUGAACGAAGGUGUUUUGUCAAGAUACUUAGAAGCUAUGAGGAGUGAUGGACAACGGGCACUAAGUCACUACUACCGGAAAGGUGCACUUCUGCGCGAUGUUGAAAAUUUGGAACUUGUACAGCGAUUUUUAGAAGGGAUUGAAUCUUUUCCGUUCAACUUGCCCGUAAAUUCUAGUCUGCUUGAUGUGUGGACCCUUCAGCCACUACUCCAAGCAGGAUUGUGGACGCCGCCAAUCAGGCCCUCCGCCUCUAAAGAUGCGGUUGCUGUUGCCACAGAUGUUGCCCAGAUUCUAGAGAGAGAGGAACAAGACUCAUUAAAUUCUGAUGCAGUAUCUGUUGCAUCAUUUGCAUCCCACAAUAGCUUUGUCCAUAGUCCAAUGAUGGCAUUAAAUGAAGAGGAGGCUUUGAAAAUAAUUCUUGGGACUCCAGUUAAUGAAACACCUAUUGCAGCUAAACUAAGAGCUGAAGAAAGCAAUGCAGAAAAAGGUGAUACAAAUGACACAAAAUUACCUCCGGAAAAAAGCAUAGACCCUGCUAGUUGUGAAGAGUCUAAGCCCGAAUCGACCGAGCCAACCACAGAGGGAGAGCAGAGAAAGGAAAAGGAAUCUGAGGAUGAGGGCAAUGCUUCAAUGGGUAACUCCAUUAUCGGUCGUCUAGGGUGGUCCUCAUCCUUCGAAGAAACUAUGUCAGAUUCAGGUGUGAAUCAAGAAGAGGCAAAUAAAGAGAAAGUUAGCAAAGUCCAUUCCAAGAAAAAGCUGGAGAGCUAUCAUUCACUUAUAGAAAGUUACAAUACUGCUUCAUCUUCUGGGAACAACUUGCCAGAUUUAAAUGACUUUCUGUCAAAGUUUGAGCCAAACAGCUUUUCCAGUCCAUUUGCCUCACUUGCUCAGGAAACCGAUCUAUCAUACCCUCAAGAUCUUGGAUUUGAGAUUAUUGAUACUACUCCUGCAACAUGUGAGCCUCAAUUUGGUAAUCUCUUAAAACAAUUGACAAAACUACCCCAUGAACUUGGACUGGAUGCUCAACAAUACACGUGCUUUGGUUGCGCUCAGCCCAUAGGAUUCACCUUUGGUGCCCCACGGUUGUGUGGAUUAACCGGCCAUUACUUUUGUGAUGACUGCACUGUUCUUUCGGGAGAUGAAUGGAUUGUACCAGCCCGAGUUUUGUUGAACUGGGAUUACAAGCGAUAUACUGUAUCCAAAAGGGCAGCCUCUUUUUUGUCAGAAAUUCAGCAUCAUCCUCUUCUAGAUUUGAAGAGUCUUAACCCAUUUCUCUACCUUACUGUUGAUGAGGUAUCUGAGCUCCAGAAACUGAGAAAUCAACUAAAUUUGCUCCGGGCUUAUCUAUUCACAUGUCGAGAACCUGUUAUUGAAGAGCUUCAGAAAAUGGUUUGGCCAAGAGAAUACCUUUAUGAACAUGUGCAUCUGUAUUCAGUUUCUGAUCUUCUUCAAAUACCCAGUGGUAUCUUAGCCCAACAUUUGAAACAUGUUAUUACCUUUGCACGCAAUCAUGUCUACAAUUGUAGAUUGUGUUCUCAGAAAGGAUUCUUCUGUGAAGUCUGUGACAACCCAAAGAUAAUUUAUCCCUUUGAUACAGAAAACACAUAUAGGUGCAAAGGAUGUAGUGCAGUUUUUCAUGCAACGUGCUUGAAGGAAAAUUUACCAUGCCCGAAAUGUGAGCGCAGGAAAAGAAGAAUUGAAGAUUCUACAACGGCUGACAAAUGUAUUGAAGUAUGAUGCGCUGGUAAAGUGAGUCUAGGGUCUUACAAAUUAUCUGGGUUCGUUACUUAUUUAUUAUCCUUGUAAGUCGAAACUUGGGGCCAAUCACCCUCAAAUGUUAUUACUAAACCGUAAACCGGAAAAACUUUGGCCCAUGGGCUAGAAAUUCAAUUUAAGUUCGGCUCAUAACUUAAAUCACAUUUUUAGUUGCUGGGCCAAAGGUAACUCGGUUUUCAGAAGUACAGAUUCUAAUUUAUUGAUGAAUGUUAAACUCAUUGUGAUGUUCCUUCUGGAAGGAUAUAUUUUUUAUGUUUAAAAAUAUAUAUUAUUUAUUAAAGUUUUCAAAA